ACCAUCAUGCAGACCUCGGAGACUGGGUCGGACACAGGUUCGACAGUGACCCUACAGACUUCUGUGAGUAGCCAAGCAGCAGUGCCUACUCAGGUGGUACAGCAAGUACCUGUACAGCAACAGGUCCAGCAGGUCCAGACUGUGCAGCAGGUCCAACACGUCUACCCAGCUCAGGUGCAGUAUGUGGAAGGAAGCGACACAGUCUACACCAAUGGAGCAAUCCGGACAACAACCUAUCCUUACACCGAAACGCAGAUGUACAGCCAAAACACCGGGGGUAAUUACUUUGACACGCAAGGGAGCUCUGCGCAGGUGACCGCGGUGGUCUCGUCCCACAGCAUGGUGGGUACUGGUGGCAUUCAGAUGGGCGUCACCGGUGGGCAGCUCAUCAGCAGCUCGGGAGGAACCUACCUGAUCGGCAAUUCCAUGGAGAAUUCUGGCCACACAGUGACACACACAACUCGGGCCUCCCCAGCAACAAUUGAGAUGGCGAUUGAGACGCUGCAAAAGUCUGACGGUCUGUCCAGUCACAGAAGUUCUCUCCUGAACAGCCAUCUUCAGUGGCUGUUGGACAAUUACGAGACGGCAGAAGGCGUGAGCCUUCCCAGAAGCACUCUGUACAACCACUACCUACGACACUGUCAGGAGCACAAACUGGACCCGGUCAACGCUGCCUCUUUCGGGAAACUCAUACGGUCCAUUUUUAUGGGGCUCCGGACCAGGCGAUUGGGAACAAGAGGAAACUCCAAGUACCAUUACUAUGGGAUUCGUGUCAAGCCAGAGUCCCCUCUGAAUCGCCUGCAAGAAGACAUGCAGUACAUGGCCAUGAGGCAGCAACCGAUGCAGCAGAAACAAAGGUACAAGCCUAUGCAGAAAGUGGAUGGGGUUGCAGAUGGUUUCACAGGAAGUGGCCAACAGACAGGUACAUCUGUUGAGCAAACUGUAAUUGCCCAAGGCCAGCAUCAUCAACAGUUUUUAGAUGCAUCUCGAGCACUCCCGGAGUUUGGAGAAGUUGAAAUCUCUUCUCUGCCAGAGGGUACGACGUUUGAGGACAUUAAGUCACUGCAAAGCCUCUACCGAGAACACUGUGAGGCAAUCUUGGACGUUGUUGUGAAUCUUCAGUUCAGCCUGAUAGAAAAACUGUGGCAAACAUUCUGGCGUUACUCUCCUUCCACUCCAGCUGACGGCACUGCCAUGACGGAGUCCAGCAAUCUGAGUGAAAUAGAAAGUCGACUACCGAAAGCAAAGCUGAUAAGUCUGUGCAAACAUGAGUCUGUCCUGAAAUGGAUGUGUAACUGUGAUCAUGGAAUGUACCAGGCUCUCGUGGAGAUUCUCAUCCCCGACGUCCUUAGACCCAUUCCUAGUGCCUUGACCCAAGCCAUUCGAAAUUUUGCAAAAAGCCUUGAAGGUUGGCUCUCCAAUGCCAUGAACAAUAUUCCACAGAGAAUGAUACAAACCAAGGUUGCCGCUGUAAGUGCCUUUGCCCAGACCCUGCGAAGAUACACGUCUCUCAAUCACCUGGCCCAGGCAGCGCGAGCAGUGCUCCAGAACACGUCUCAAAUCAACCAGAUGCUCAACGACCUCAACCGUGUCGACUUUGCCAACGUCCAGGAGCAGGCUUCUUGGGUGUGCCAGUGUGACGACAGCAUGGUCCAGAGACUAGAAACGGACUUCAAGAUGACCCUGCAGCAACAGAGUACCCUGGAGCAGUGGGCUGCCUGGCUGGACAACGUCAUGAUACAAGCCCUCAAACCCUACGAGGGCAGACCCAGCUUCCCCAAAGCCGCCAGACAAUUUCUGCUCAAGUGGUCUUUCUACAGCUCCAUGGUCAUCCGGGACCUAACUUUACGCAGUGCUGCUAGCUUCGGUUCCUUCCACCUGAUCCGCCUCCUAUACGACGAGUACAUGUUCUACUUAGUGGAGCAUCGCGUUGCCCAGGCAACCGGCGAGACGCCCAUAGCGGUCAUGGGAGAGUUUGGUGAUUUAAAUGCCGUGUCUCCUGGGAACCUGGAUAAAGACGAAGGCAGCGAGGUAGACAGCGAGAUGGAUGAAGAACUGGAUGACCCCUCCGAGCCCCAAGCCAAAAGAGAGAAGACCGAGCUGGCCCCGGCCUUCUCCGUGGGCUGCAUGCAGCCCGUCCUGGAGAGCAGCGUGCAGUCCAGUCUGCUGAGCCCCAUCCACAGCGAGCACGUGGUCACCAGCACGCAGACCAUCCGGCAGUGCAGUGCCACCGGCAACACCUACACCGCCGUCUAA